AUGCAGGUCACACGUUGUGGCAUUCAUGCCUUCCACGAGACUCUAGGAAUCGACGUUGAUGAGAUACGAUUCUACUGGACGCUUCACUCAGAAUCUGAACAUGCUGCCCAAGUCGCCUACCGCGCAGUUGUCGCUCUCAGCCCUGAAGCUCUUGAUGAAUCCUCUCAUCAAGACAUCAUUUGGGAUUCGGGAAGAGUAGAGAGCAAUGCCCAGAGGAAUGUACUUUGCAAGCCAGACGGCGGCUUCAAGUCAGCAUCUUUCCACUACUGGAAGGUCACCGUCUGGGAUCAGGAAGGACACGCUGCGUCGAGCAGUGCCAAUGAAUUCUUUACAGCAUAUCCGAGGUCGAACAGGCUUUUGCCGCCAUACAGCAUGAACCAGACUUACAUGCCCCAUACAAGCUUAAUCUUCCGUGCGUGGUUCGAAGACGAGCCCAAUCGCUGGAAGGGAGUCUGGGUUGGUGAUAGUAGCGACAAGCCUUUCUAUCUACGCAAGUCCCUCCAUCUUAAGAGAAAGCCAACAAGAGCUAUCGCUCUUACCUCGGGACUGGGUCAUUUUAACCUGUCUUGCAACGGCAACCCGGCUUCAAACCACGUUCUUGACCCCGGCUGGACGAACUACCACCGCACUGUGCAAUUUGUCUCCUACGACCUGAGUAACUUCCUCACCGAAGGUGAGAAUGUUCUCGGAGCUCACGUCGGUAACGGAUUCUAUGCCGGCGAUCAAGGCGACCGGUUUUUCUGGCCAACGUAUGAGGACAACACUUUUGUUCGGUACGGUAAUGAGCUCUGCUUCUUUGCCGAGCUACACCUCUUUUACGAGGAUGGCAGCGGGGAAACUGUCAUUUCAGGCCCAGACUGGAAGACUCGAAAGAGUGCUACCACCCUAGCCAAUAUUUACGCCUCUGAAGACAAGGACUUCAGGAAUUACCCCACGGGCUGGGACGCUCCGGGCUUCGAUGAUUCAGAGUGGAAGGCUUCCACCCCAGUCACCGGGCCAAGGGGAAAACUCAAGUAUCAGAGCCAACCUCCUGUCACAUUACACGAAACCUUCCAACCGGUUUCGACAAAGACUCUUGAGCCAGGCGUCGUGGCCUUUGACUUGGGCCAGAAUGCUUCCAUAAUGGUUCGACUUGAAGUCAGUGGUCCAGCUGGCGCUCAGGUGAUUGUUCGGUACUCCGAGAGCAUCGAUGAGAAUGGCAGGGUGCUGAUGCCAGACCCCUUGUUCAAAGAAUUUGAGACCAAAGUCUAUGCCAAGUUUACUCUCGCUGGAACCGGUGACGCUGAGGUUUGGGAGCCUGACUUUAGUUUCACGAGCGCUAGAUACAUCCAAGUCGAAGGUGUGUCCCUCAACGAGGGAGAAGGGCUUCCGGUCAUACGCUCCCUGGUAGGCCGCCACGUGUCUUCCGCAUCUCGCCGGCUCGGUAGUUUGAAGACGGAUAAGGAAGACGCAAACGCCCUGAUCAACAUGUGUCACUGGUCUUUUGUGAGCAACCUCUUCAGUUAUCACACCGACUGCCCUCAGAUUGAGAAAUUCGGAUGGCUUGAGGUGACCCACCUCCUGGCGCCGGCGACCCAGUACAUCCGCGAUAUUGAGGCUCUCCAUUCCAAGAUCCUCGAUGAUAUAUUCGACACCCAAGAGUACAACGGUUUGGUACCGACGAUGGCCCCCGAAAUCAGAUAUAUGUGCGGCCCCAUGCAUGAUACCAUCACAUGGGGUGGCGCCAUUGCUCUGAUUCCCGAGAUGCUCAAGAGAUACUACGGAUCUACGCACAUGUUUGCAAAGAUGUACCAGCCUUGCGUCAGAUACAUGGAAUACUUACAUACAAAGGAGCGGCAGGGUGGACUAAUUGAGCAUGGCCUCGGUGACUGGGGCCGAGACAUCGCGUUUGGAAACCACCAAGCCAACAUUGAAACAGCAAUCUACUACCGGUGUCUCAGAAACGUCGAGCUCAUGGCCAGGGAGUUGGGUCAUGAAGCGGAUGUCAAGCGUUUCCAGGAAUGGGCGAAUCGUAUCUACGAAGUCUACAAUCGCCAUCUCCUCGUUGCUGACAAGAAAGAACACCCCUACGCAUUCUACACAUCCCUGGAUAACCCGGGCACACACGAUCGGACUAUGAUAGCCCAAGCCAUGGCCCUCCAGUUUGGUCUCGUCCCUGAAGAAUACGUUUCCGACGUUCAGCAGGCAUUCGUGGACGAUGUCUCUGACUGCAGGAUCCGGGCUGGCGAGAUCGGCCUAAAGUGGCUGUGGAAUACCUUCACGGACGUCGACAGGCCGGAUAUCGUCAUGGCAAUGGCCCGCCAGGAAGAGCACCCCUCGUAUAUGCGAUUCAUUAGACGCGGAGAGACAACUUUGAACGAGUUCUGGCAAGAUGCCUGCCGCAGCAAGUGUCAUGACAUGCUUGGAACCAUCUACGAGUGGUUUUAUGAGGCUGUCCUCGGAGUCAAGAUUGAAGAGGAUGCGUACAAAACGUGGACGGUCAAGCCACCUCUGAAGUCGGAAUUCAAUCUCGUGGAGGGAACCUUUGAGUGCCCUUACGGCAAUAUUGAGGUCACGUUCAAACGUGCGGGCGAUGAUGUGCGAAUGAAGAUCACGGUUCCUACGAGCACGACGGCGACUUUGUUGUUGCCGAGAGAUGAGAGCGAGGCGGAGGUUACUCGCCAAGGUGGUGGGAACUUGAGGAGAGCAACUGGAAAGAAAGUUAAGCUGCUCCCGGGCAAGUAUGAGCUGGUGCUAUACCCAUAG